AUGAGUUGUACCGAAAAUGAAAGUGGACCUUUUGUCGUAUUCUUCCUACCAGCGGUUGUCGGUUGCCUGACCAUACUUUUGGCGAGGCGGUGGGCUAAUUCACAAGUUAGCAGCACUUCGUCCACUGCUAUUUCUAGGCGACGGAAAAUUAUUAAAGAUCCGCUUGUUAAGCGGCCUUUGCCACCAGUUGCCUGCAAAAUGGUACCACCAGGCCCAAAGAAAACCCCUGGAAUUACAAGAAAGGGAGCAGUAUCUUUAGAGGAGGAUUUAAAUGGUAGCGGGAAACGCGUGUCGCGAGCACGCUUGUCGCCAAUGAACUCAUCCCAAACCGCAACAGAUACCAAAUUAUCAGAUGGCUUAAUGCAACCCAAACAUAUACCCUUCCCAUACAUCAGUCACGAUGGGGAAAUGUUGUUUGAGUUUAUGAAUUUUGACUUCACACUUGUUGCUGCCGCACUGCAAUUCCUAAACUUGUAUAGGACUGUAUGGUGGCUACCUCAUUCUUAUACAAACCAAGGAAUGAAUUUCUAUUUGAUAGACCCUCACCUGGUUGCAUUUAUUGUGACCAUACUAAGCCGAAGGUGGCUCUUGUGUGUUACUUUGGCGAUACUGAGAUGCGUUCUCGCUCCAAAGAUAAUGCCAAAUGCGACUAUCGCUGCUAGGAUGUUCAUACUCGGUGUAAUUUUGGGCGCCCUCGCUUGGUGCACCUACUUCAUAAUGUUAAAAUAUCCAGUUGUCGAAAUAUUUUACCUGUUAUACCCCGCAGCGGUAUACCUGGUGCUGUUCGGCGUCCAGUCGAGCGCAUUCCUCGUGCUGAACAACGAGAGCGCCCCGCUCCACUGCUGCUCGCACGAGCCGCAGCACGCGCGCGACGAGGCGGACACGCUGACGGCGGACUUCAACCUGAGGCUCAAGAAGAUACUCUUCAACUCGGUGCUGGACGCGUAUUACACGAGCUUCAUACCGUGCUGCUUCGCGCAGCCGUACCUGUACUACGACGUGUACGCGGCCGCGCAGCAAGUGGGGCUCGUGUGGGGCUCGCUGUGCGGCCGCUACGCCGCGCAGCUGCUGCCGGCCGCGCACUGCGACGUCUCGCACAGGGCGGCGCUGCACCUCGGCCGCUGGGCGCGCGCGCCGCCGCCCCACGCGGACGGCACCGUCGCGUGGUCCGGAUCGCGCUGGUGGGGGGCGGGGGCGCGGGUGCGUCACGAGAGCGUCGAGUAUGUCGCCGACGCCCAGUAUGUCGCCGCCCACCCGGCCGACAAGCACCACGCCAGGUUCUAUUCGGUGUUUAUAAAUCCCUCGUCGCUGCUGUGCCUACUGCUGUGUCUGCAGCUAUCGCUGGUGGUGGUGCAUCUGUGCCUGCUCUUCAGCUCGAUAGCUUGGCACAACUUCCUGGCGAUAGUCGUCCUCCUCUUCAUCAACUACUACACACUGUUCAAACUGGUCCGGGACUACCUCGUCGCUUGGAAGGUCUACAAGGCCGAGCACAUGAUACAGGACAAGAACGGGGCAGUCCAGCUAGCCACCAAU